AUGGCAAGGAAGCUUCAAACAACUCUCUCCACCAUCAAAGCAAUACUUAUAGAUGCUAAUGAGAAGCAAGAGGAAAGCCGUGCAGUGAAGGACUGGAUAAGGAGGCUUAAAGAGGUUGUCUACGAUGCAGAUGACUUGUUGGAUGACGUAGCAACUGAAGGUUUGCGAAGAAAGGUUGAAGGUCAGGGAAGAGCGGUUAGGAAGGUAUGCGACUUCUUUUCUUCCUCAAAUCAAAUUGCAUUUCGUUUCAAGAUGAGUCAUAGAAUUAAAGAUGUUAGAGAAAGGCUAGAUGAAGUUGCCAAAGAAAUGUCAGACUUUGGCUUUAUAAUAAGUAAGGAAGUUGGAGUAGAUAUGCGAAUAAAGAAUAGUUCGAGGGAGACAGACUCCUGUGUGUUGAAAUCAGAAAUUAUAGGAAGAGACAAGGAUAAGGAGGAGAUCAUAAAAUCAUUGAUGUGUCCAGUGAAUCAAAGCAAUAUUUCUGUAGCUGCAAUUGUUGGGUUUGGUGGCUUGGGAAAGACUGCACUUGCCCAGUUAGUGUUUAAUGAUGAGAAAGUGGUGAAUUAUUUUGAUUUGAAGUUAUGGUGCUUUGCAUACUGCGCAAUGUUUCCUAAAGAUUAUGAGUUUGGUAAGGAGGAUUUAAUUCAAUUAUGGAUGGCACAAGGAUAUAUUCAAUCUCGGAGUCAAAGUAAAGAUGAAAGUUUAGAGGAGAUUGGGGAAGGAUACUUCAAUGAAUUGUUAUUUAGGUCAUUUUUCCAAAAGGAGAAUAACUUUUAUAAAAUGCAUGACCUUAUCAAUGACCUUGCACAGUCAAUGGCAGGAGAUAGUUGUUUUGUACUUGAUGAUAAUACUAAAUAUGUUCCUAAUAGAAUCCAACAUGUGUUUUCUGGAAAUUUGUCUUUUGAGGAAUGUUUCAAGCAGCUAAAAAAUAGAGGAUUGAGGACACUGUAUUGUGAGUAUUAUGGUGAUAAGUUAAGGUUGAAUUUAGGUAGUAUCUUUUCAAUCUCAAGGUAA